AGACGAUAGAAAGAGAGAGAGUGAGAGAAAAGUCGUCUAGUGUACGUAGUGUACGAACACAAAAGUGAAGUGAAGUUUCGACUUGGGGAAGAAAAUUUGUGAAAAGAAAAAAUUUCCAAAAUUUAUUCAAACCAUUGCGACUAAUUAAAAUGGGUGACAACGAACAAAAAGCAAUGGCCUUGAUGGCCGAAGCCGAGAAAAAGUUGACCACACAGAAGGGAUUCUUCGGACAACUGUUUGGUGGUGGUAAUAAUCGCCUUGACGAGGCUCUGGAUUGUUAUAAACGAGCGGCGAAUAUGUUUAAAAUGGCCAAGAAUUGGGGACAGGCUGGUCGUGCAUUCCAAGAGGCGGCCAGUCUACAUUCGAAAGGUGGUAAUGCGCACGAAUCGGCCACAAGUUAUGUGGACGCGUCCAAUUGCUUCAAAAAGAUCGACCCGAAUGAGGCAAUUGCCUGCUUAAUGAAAGCCAUUGAAAUCUAUACAGAGAUGGGCCGCUUUUCAAUAGCUGCUAAACACCAUCAAGCUAUCGCUGAAUUGUAUGAAGGUGAAGGCAACGACCUGCAACGCGCCGUUCAACAUUACGAAAGCGCUGCCGACUAUUUCCGAGGCGAAGAGUCCACCAGUUCGGCAAAUAAGUGUAUGAUCAAAGUGGCCCAGUAUGCAGCCCAAUUGGAAGACUAUGACAAAGCUAUCCAAAUCUACGAACAGGUCGCCAGUUCGUGUCUAGACAGUUCUCUGCUUAAGUACAGCGCCAAAGAAUACUUUUUCCGUGCAUCAUUGUGUCACUUGAGCGUUGACUUGUUGAACGCUCAGCAUGCGUUAGAAAAGUACUCUCAACAAUAUCCGGCAUUUCAAGACUCCCGAGAAUACAAGUUGGUUAAGGAUCUGUGCGAACAUCUAGAAGAGCAAAACAUCGAAGGAUUCACCGAUACCGUUAAGGACUACGACAGCAUCUCUCGACUGGAUCAAUGGUACACGACGAUUUUGUUGCGAAUUAAAAAACAGGCCAACGACAAUCCAGACCUACGAUAAGCCGCGCAAAGCAUUGACAGUACGGGCGUAGUGUCGCAGUUUGUUAUAUUUUGUGUUUAAUUUUUCUCUUCUUUGUUUUUGUUUUGCGAUUUAUUCGAGUUCGAGGAACGUGAGUGUGGCGAUAAAUUCGUGUUUUUUUUUUAAUUGCAUCUUGAUCCAUUUCGCUUCAAUUUUUGUUGGGUUAAAUUUGAUUUGAAUGGAAAUUCCGUUAAUUUAUGGAAAUAAAAAGGAAAUGGAAUUGGUCAAUCUAAAUGUUGUGGUGAAAAAGCAAAUUUCUAACUGAGAUCAAUAGUUCGUUAAUGAUUUAGAGUAAUUUACUAUGAUGAUAAUGUGAUUUAGUGGAAAAAAAAGAAAAAAAAAUCAGAAAAACAAAUUCUAUAAUAAAUGCUACUACAUAUGGUUCCGACACGUUAUAACCAACAUGAAUUUUCUGUUCUUUCAUUUUAUUUUAAUUCUACGGUCCUUCGCCUUUAACAGCAAUUUGUUUUGUGAAUCCAACUGAAUGCUUGAGAUGAGGCAAAAAUAUUUAUUUGAUUACCAAGCGGACAAAAUUGAAGAAUUCUAACAAUUCGCUGUUGGGAUUCGCUAUUUUUUCCCGAGGUGAAAAAAAAAAACUUUUUUAUGUGUGCGUUUUGCGUUAAAUUUGAUUUUGUCCAUGAAAAAGUCAUAAAAACAACUAUUGACAAAUCAAAAAAAACGAAUCGACACUUCAGCAGAGAAAAUGUUGGUUUUCUUCCCGCUCUCUUUUCCCACAAAAGAAGAGAGAUGGCAAAAUAAGCAUUUUGUUCACUGAAUUGUCAAUUCUUAUAGUGCUAUUUUCUCGAUGUACUUGAGUGGACAUGGACAAACACUGAAAUUUCUCAACGCAUACUUGAAAAAGAUAAUUCUUUCAUACAAAACACUUUCAUUUGUUCAUUUGUCUUUCACAAUUCACUGCGAAUGAGUUGUAGUUUUGUUAACUUGGCGUUGUGUGGCUUUUUAAUCGAGCCGCCUAUACAAUAAAGCAUUUAUCUGAAGACGAAAGGUUUUGCUCUCUGAAAGACCGAAUUUACGGUUAUUCAGCACUUCGCAGGUCUAUAAGGGACUCUCUCCUUGUCGGCUGACUUUAACAGACGUAACAUCAAUUCUUUAAAAAUUAAUUGACAUCUGACUAUUACGUCCGUCUGCAAUCACCCUGGUCUUUUAAAAAAAAAAAAUCAGAAAAGUCAGAAAUAUAGUUUGAUAUUCGCCAGGGCUUGAAAAAGUCCCUCGAUAGUGGUAUAGAUAAAAUUUGUAAAAAAAAACCCUUCGGAUAUCGCCCAAAUUCCCAUUAGGCCUGUGCGGGCCUGGAUCAUCCUAAUUUUGAAGGACAGGAGGUAGGAAUAUAACCAUGAAAUCUGUUACUUCUUUUGCUCAAAAUAUAGACUUAUGAAUUAAUGAAUUUUAUUGCAUUGCGGUGUAUAUAUCGACACUGUUUUUCGGAGUAUUAUACCGAACAUUAUUUCUAUCAAUUAUUCCAUUGAUAUGACGUUAUUAUUAAUUACCAAGAGUUCAUAAGCCUCCAUUAAUAUGUCGAUAAGUUGGUCGUUUCCGCCAAUACAAUAAUAGUAUUGUAUCGUUGCACUCGUAUUUUGUGUAAUAUACGAGUGUAUACGCUGGCAAUAUUCCCCAGUAUCAUAAUAUAAACUACUAGCCAGAGCUCAUCGUUUACUUUGUCACCGUUGUCGCUAAUAUGGUGGUAUAUAAAAAGUCAUAUCGAAUGAAUUUCGAGGUAAAGCAGAGAAAUGAUAAGUUGGUUACCACAGGCAUACCAACUUAUCACUACUAUUAGGUAAAGGUGAAAGCUGAAAAAUGACGACUAAUGAAUUUGCUUGUUCCAUAGUUCAUGUUUGCAAAAUAUCUUUGGUGACCAUCUUGGCCAUCUGUUUCGUUAUCUUUUUUAUUUAUUUAUAAUAGAAUGUACUAUAGCAUGCAUAAUACGCCUACAAAACCAUAACUUAGAUAAUUUUCUAAAAUUAUUUAAAAUUCAUUAAAAAUAGACAGAAAAUCUUCAGAUAUUUUACUCUUAUUACACGCGCACUUAAUAUACUUAAGCUACUGUAGUAACACUUAAAACUGAGAAUUAUCUUAACCCACAUUAAAAGAAAAUUGUCAUCCAGUCGUUGUAAUCGGAAUCUAAAUUUUGAUAAAAUAUUUUUACGUGGAAACUCAAAGUUUGUCAGUUUAAAUGCAACGCAUCCAUAUUCAUUGUGAAAAUUUAUUUUAUUAAAAAAAAAAAAAAACGAAAUGAUGGGAAUUGCACGGAAGUUGAUUGAAGAAACAUUGUGGGAUUGAAGAGAGAGAGAGAGAGAGAGAGUAUAAAUAGUUUUCUAGUCGGAUUUAUAAAUGAGUGCUAGAUAAGGUGUCGCAAAGUGCUCGCAUUUUAGUGCUGGUUUUGAUAGAAAGUUCGAAAUGAAAAUGAAUUAGGAUCGGGCCAACCAGCGGAUAAGAGUUUAUCAGUGCAUUGAGUAUCGCCUGAAAAAUCCUAAUAUCAAAUUUAAAUGAAACGGUCGCUCGGUGAGACUGUAUUUGAGAGAGGAAUCUGUGGAAACUAUCAAUUAUUUAUCGUUCUGCAGUACGGAGUUGGCCAUACAUUUUUAUGGAGUUUUUCAUGCUGCAGACUAAUUUCGUUUUCAUAUGUUGAUUGAAGCUUCGAAAGAAAAUUUUCACCAUUCCUCCUACCCUACUACUUUCAUAUUCAGAAAAAAAAACGAAAGUUUGCUGAAUGUAUAACUAACUUCACCGCUACUAGAUAUUCACCGCGAAAUGAGGGCUUGUCGAAAUGCAUUCACUUACUUUCCAUAGUAAAACCUAAUAUAACGCAGCCUCAACGAUUUUUCGCUAGUUUUUCUUCUUUAAAAAAUAAAUGGCUUUCCAAGCUGCAACUUCUACCUUGAUUGAUACUAAUAAUAGCAGACAACAUUUGUUGGAAAAUAAAUUUACUUAAAUUUUCUCACAGUUCUAAAUUUCUAAAUUUCAGUUUUCUAAAUUUUCCCAAAAAUUCAAGAAAACAUGGGAAACCGCUUCCCCAAAAAUAGUCCCUGAUUAAUAGUAAGGUUGAUAAAUGCAUUGUACGGUCAAAAUGAAAUUCUCAAUUUGUCCACAUCAAGAGCAUGUUCACUUUUCAAAUUAUAUUGAAUUUUGAGGAGAGGUUGUUCAUUUUAACACUUUGAGAAUUUCCUAUUUAAUAGAUUCAGUGGGGACGUUCUAGCAACUAUUCCUCCCAAUCGUACGUUCUUACAACUUCAUUUUUUCUGACACCAUAACUAUUUUUAGUAAGAUAACUAAACUCUCAUCUCAUCUUCAGAGAAGUAGUCAGAUGGUCCAUAGUUUUUGAAGAAUCGGAUACGAUAUUCAGGUAUUAAUGGUCAGACCAAACAGCCAUUAUCACAGUUAAAACCACAAGUUUUAUUGCUUUCAAUUUGGACUUGAUCGCAAAACUAGCAUGAUAACAUAUAACAAGUUUAAUUAGCAGAAAACAUGACGACAGAAUCGAGACUAGAGUGUGGCACUAUCAAUAUUUUAUUGUAAUAUAUUCAUAAAACCAAACAUGCAUAACAUAUAAUAAACAUUUCUAAUUAUAUAAUCGAUGAAUUACAAAAAAGAUUUUAGUUGUGGUCAGUGAUUUUAAAAUAAAACUAAAAAGAAGACAAAAAUGUGUAAUAAAAUUAAGCCAUUAGGCGUUUACCAUGUAAGACAAAAUGAAUUCUUUUAUUGGAAUAUUUAUUGAAAGUAAAACUAAAAUUAAAAAAAGUCUCGUAAAAAUUUAACCGAACUAGAAUUUUCAUCAAAUGAAAAAUCAUCAGAAAAA